UGGGGGUUCGUUACCAACCACGCUGCAUCAUCGUGUUUGACAAUUUCGAACAGACGUCAGACGUUUUACGUAUUGCAAUAUUCGCUUCAUUGUUAACGAUUUACAUUGUUAGAUAUAGUGGUAUAGUUUUAAGUCGUUAUUGAGAAUGAAAUGGAGCUGCAGGGGAUGAAGACGUAAUGCCAUUGCUGCCUCAAAAUAAUGCCAAUACAGGCACCACAGUGGACUGAAUUCCUGUCUUGUCCAGUUUGCUGUCACGAUUUUGAUUCAACAUCACGUGGACCGAUUUCUCUUGGAUGUGGUCACACAAUAUGUCGCACUUGCCUUGCUAAUUUGCACAGAAAGCAGUGUCCAUUUGAUCAGAAUGCAAUAAAUACGGAAAUCGAGCGUUUACCAUUGAACGAAGCACUUCUUCAAUUAGUUGGCAAUGGAGUCUCUUCCCCAGCAAGUUCAACUUCCCAGAAGUUACUGCCCCCUGAGGAAUAUGACGAUUACCUCGUGGCAAAACAUUGCAUCGAGGAAUUGGCCCUUUACCUUAAACCAUGCCAGGCGGCGCCAGCGAAUGGAGCUGGAAUGGGUCUCGUCUCACGUCCCAUGCAGAGGAAACUCGUUACACUUGUCGGAUGCCAAUUGGUAGAACCUGAGGGACGUGCUCGAGCUGUCAGGGCAGCUCGUAGUCUUGGGGAGAGAUCAGUAACAGAGCUCAUACUUCAACAUCAGAAUCCUCAGCAGUUGAGCGCUAAUUUAUGGGCUGCUGUGAGGGCACGAGGAUGCCAAUUUCUGGGGCCCGCAAUGCAGGAGGAGGUACUUAAACUUGUGCUGUUGGCCCUUGAGGAUGGAUCUGCGCUGUCUAGGAAGGUUUUAGUGAUGUUUGUCGUGCAAAGGUUGGAGCCUCACUUUCCCCAAGCCUCCAAGACUAGCAUUGGGCACGUUGUCCAACUGUUAUAUCGAGCCAGCUGUUUUAAGGUAUCAAAGAGAGAGGGAGAUUCCUCUUUAAUGCAGCUAAAAGAAGAAUUUAGAACGUACGAGGCUCUGAGAAGGGAACAUGACGCUCAGAUUGUUCAAAUUGCCACUGAAGCUGGACUGAGAAUAGCGCCAGAUCAAUGGUCAGCACUGUUGUAUGGAGAUACUGGUCACAAAUCCCACAUGCAAAGUAUUAUUGAUAAAUUGCAAACACCACAGUCAUUCGCUCAGAGUGUCCAGGAACUGGUGAUUGCGUUGCAGAGGACACCAGAUCCAGGCCAACUAAGUAGUCUGCGCCCCCAGUUAGAAUUGCUCGCUGCUAUUGAUCCGAGCCCAGAAACGGAAUGUCCAAGUUGGCCCAUAACCCGAGCGGUGCUGGAGGCGGUGAAAAUCGUCGUGACAGCUCUUGUUGAUUAUAUACAACAGCAUGGAACCAGAAAAUCUCAGGAAGGCAUUCAUACCACUGGCCCAGGACAAUCUAAAUAUAAAGUCAGUAUGUGCCGAGAUUUAUCACUCAGGGGAUCUUGUCCACGUGCUACUAAUUGUACAUUUGCUCACAGCGAUAUGGAACUUGAUAAAUACAGGUCUAAAAGUCGAAAAUUGAGUACAAGAUCAAGUUUGCAAUUGACUGCAAGUCCGGAUUCAAAAAUUGAAAAAACAAUAAGCCCACCGGGGAAAGGAUUUAAACAAUGUGAUGAUGUAAAUUAUCACUCGCCCAAAUCAAUUGACAAUAAUCACGGUACAGAGAAUUACAAUUCAAUCAAAGUGAGUUCCCUCCAGCCAUCAGUGGGUAUUGAGAAUAAUUACAGUACAUCGAUAUCCAAUUACUCGAUGCUUAAUCCCCAAUCAAUUCCUGGAAAAAACAUCGACAUGCAUUACGUCGUUCAAAAUACUGCUAUUGAUUAUAACAAUCCAAAUAUUCACGUGUGGGAUCCAAAUCAGAUGGUUUCUAGUCCGAACAGUCUUCCCACUAACAACAGCAAAAAACAUAGAUCAGUAGCAAAAACAUUGGCAAUAUUAUUUCAGAGAAGAAUGGAGAUAAUUAACCAGUUGGAGAAUAUUGUAAGCAAGCCGCAUCAGAGUCAGAUUAAAAUGAAUUAUGAUAUUCAGACGGAGGGGGUUCAAGAGAACUACUCGAUUUGGGCUAAUGGACCAUCGCAACUACCUCCUUGCGGCAUCAAUUACCCAAAUAAUCAUCGACGCUCUGAUUUGGUUUUUGAUGACGAGUUUGUUCCAUUUGAGGCAUCACCAGCUAGUAAAUAUGGGCCUAUCUCGAGGGUAUCAAAAUCAUUAUUCAGACCACCAAAUGGGAUUCCGACAAAUGGUGUUUACACCGACGGAAUUCCUCCAUCAAUCCAAACCAUACGGCCGAUUCCAGCAACGAGUCCCCUGGGCUCAUGGUACUACGGUCACCAACCUUACACAACAAUUGGAACGAAUUCUGGAAUACCAACAAUGCCAGCAUCUGCUCUUAACGAGGCCUACGUUAAUCUGAGCUCUUGUAAACAAGCUGAGCCACCUGCGAACGUACAGUUAGCGAGACAAGAAUGUAUGUCAAAGGACUUGAUUUUGGAGUCACAAAAGGUUAAGCAACAGUUGAAAAAUCUUGAAAAAAAAAUCAACGAUCUUAAGCUUGCAACACAGGGUGCUGCUUUCACUGAGGGCGAGAGACUGGCGCAAGAGCUCCAGAUGAUUGAAGCAGGAAUCCGAGAGAAGGAAAAAGAUGUGCGGAACUGGACUCCCUACGGAAAUACUAUCUCUGCGCCAUCAGUUAACAAUUUGGUGCAGAAUCAGAGUAUGGGUUACACUAUUGACAAAGCUGUCAAGGCUAAUGAUGAAGAUACCUACGAAGUUGAUAUAGCGAACGAUAUGCGUGAAUUGGAAUUGCGCUGGGACUUCGAACUGAAAGAACAAGAGAAACGUUGGUCCAACGAAGAGGACAACGUCAAACAAUUAUAAAAUGGAAUUUUUACAGGUACGAAAAUUAUACUACACUCUCCAAGCAUUUUAUUCGAAAAAAUCCACGAUAUUCUGAAAAAAUCUAGCACGAGAAUGGAAGACACUGACACUAAAAUUUUUGUUUUAAGGCCCCCUUGGAUAGACUGAACUAUCUGAAAUAGAUAGUUUUUGUUUUUACAUUUUAUCUGAAACUUUAUUGCAGUCUUAUAUCGAGCAGAAAUACACAGAAAAAUGAAACUAUCCUGAAAAAAAAAUGAAAAUAUAGAACUUGAGCUUUUUAAUUUAUAUUUUAGGAUAAAUGCAAUAAAUGCAGAUAGCGGAUAAUGCCUAAUUUGGCGGUGGAAAAGGGAGGGAGAGGGGAGGAUUAGGAUUAGCAAAGUAAACCAUUUCCUCAGCGAUUCAUGGAACAUUAUUUUUAAGACCUUUUGUAAUUACCCUAGUCUUACCGUAAAAUUCAUCGAACCCUAGAAAUUAGGGAAAUUUAAUUGAGAUAGCCAUCCACUGUCACUUAGCAAUAUGAAUUGGGCCACUCCUCCCCCUACCUCACAAUAAAGUGACACUUGAUCAUCGCCUCAUUUAAACUUCUCUAAUUCCCAGGAUUCUAGGGAUUUUACGGUAACACUAUGGUGAUUAAAAAAAAUUUCUAAAAAUAUUUAACAACAGUUCAGAGACCAAUAUUUUAAAAUAAUCCUCUUUGCACCCCUCAGAAAAUUAUUUACUUUUAUAACUCUCCCCUCUUCCCCUUCCUCCACCACAUCAGGCAUUACCGGCUUUGCAUUUAUUGCAAUUAUCCUAAUAUGUAAAUUGAAAAGGUGUAUUUUUAGUUUUUGCAGAGUUGCAGAGAAAAUAUGAAAACUAGUUGUUCCAGACAAUUCAGUAUAUCUCACCGGGCCUUAAAGAACAAAAAGACAAAAGAACUUGUUUUAUUGAGGAAAACUAAACUCAGGUUAUCAGGAGCCAGAAAACCACAAAAAAAGGAAAUCAUGGACUGCAUUGCUUUUAACCCCAGAAUAAUUAUAUAUAUACAUAUAUAUAUACAUACAUAUAUAUAUGUAUAUAAAUAGUACUUAGAAUUUCCGUGGUAUAUAGAUCUGCCUUUAAUGUGUAAAAGGUACAAUGUGAUAUUCAACUACUGUUCAUUUCCAAUUACUCUGCGAAUCAGAUCGAUACACUAGAUUUUGAAGACACUCGUAACAUAAAUAUUCACAUAAAAGUAUUGAGGCGUUAGCUUCAGUUGUAAAAGCAAAGUUGUUGGAUUUCAAUAUAUUACAUGAAGUGUCAUAUGAGUCAACACCUCACCGUCAUUCGCUUUGGAGAUUGAUCUCGAUUUAUUAAUGAUUAAAAGAUUACAAAUAACUCAUUUGAUACGUACUAUCUCAUAACUUUUUAGUUUGGUUCAAAAAUAAAAUCCAACAAUAUAUAUGAAGAAUAUUCAAAACUUCAGAUGUAACCAUCGAUCUAGUUUCAGGGUGAGAUGGUAAUGGGCAAUAGAUCAUGUAAUAAGCGCAGAACAUGCAACUGCAUGUUAAUACAGGACGGUAAAACUGUUGAAAACAGUUCUUUUUGGACAUACACUGAGAAGAACGCAGUGUUUCAUGAAGUACAUCUUUAUUUACAUUAAGAGAUUUGUGGUUUAGAAUGUUGCAACAGCAAAAUAUCAAAUAAAAUCGCGAACUGUCUGAAUUUUACAAACCGUUUAUAGACAUUUUUAAGGUAGUAAAAAUGUUGGGAAAAGAUGUGUGGAAUUACAAUAUUGGUGCUUUAAAAAAUACAUUGAAUACAUAAACUUGACUUGAUUGAUGGGAUAGUUUUUCUUGAAAUAGCUCAGUUAAAGUUUAUUUUUCGUCAAUUCUCGGUGUAAGUAAAGAGGUAUUUCUCAAAAACCUUUGUCUGUCUACAUUAUACAGAUUUGUUAAAAUUUAACAGAGGAAGAAAGAACAAUUAACUUUCCAACGAAGGAGAUUGAAGUAUCAUCAGUUUUUUAUAAACAUGACCACUAUUAUUUAGUUACGUUUCUUUGACUGUCUCGAAUGAAAUAGCCCAAAUAAUGAUAUUUGAGACAACGGUUACUUAAUUAAAAAUUCAAAGCUUGUACAGAUGAUUGGCAUUUAAAAUUAAUAGUCAGUGGUAAAUUGAUAAUUGACAUUGGUACAAGUUGAAAAAAUUACUUUUCAUUUUCUCGCAAUAAUGGCGAAUUUUAUUGAUAACGAAACUUGUGAUUACAGAUGCAAGAAUUAAUGUAGUACAUCUGCAAAUUAUAGUAUAAACAUUUUAAUUCAUAAUAUUAUUUCCAGUGAAUAUAUAACGAUAAUACUUAUAGCAUGAACAUUGAGAAAUUCCAGUUUUAUUGGAAAGUAUCUUGUAGUGGUUUAUGGCGAGAUAUUAAGAAUAAUGGAAAGUAAUGUUUCCUUCGAGUGUGUUAUUAUGAAUACUUUACUUUGUUAUUCUGCAGAAAAAAAAUUGUUUUUAUCGAACUGCUCAAUGUGAAGAACUACGUAAAAAAUAUAACGGUAUGAAUUCAGUGAAUUCCAGAACUGGUGGUUGAAAGCAAAAAUAAUUAUUCAACUAGAAAAUGUAAAUAUGUUUUGAAAUGAUCAAGUAUUGUCUUAGGAAUGUAAUGGUGCAAUUUAAAAAAAUCGUUCUUUUUUCCUCAAAUAAUAAUGCCCGUUUUUGAAAUUACUUCUUAAUUAUAUUUUUCGUUUAAUGUAUCAAAUAGUAUAAAAAGAACCAUGCCAAUUGGGAUAAUUCUUACUAUGCAUGGAAUUUGAAUUACAAAAGAGUGGAGAGUUGAUGAGCUUCGGUUAUUGAAUAAUCUUCGAUGGAAAUUUAACGGUGAAUUAUAAAUUGAAAAGUAUCAAUUUCUUUAGGUCCCGUCAAUUAUGAAAUUUAUCAAAGAGAAUGAAUUUGCAAAUGAUUUUUUUUGCACAUAAUAAUGUAAAACAAAUCGUUGGCAAAUUUAAAUCAUACUAUUUAUAUUCUGGUAAUUUUUAACCAACCCUUUGGUAAACUACAGGAGAACUUGAUGGUUUUUUUCCUCAGUAUAGUGGUUAAGUCAAUCACAAUUUUGCAUAAUUCUUUGAUCAAUAUUCUCGAAAUUAUCAGUUUCAAGUCUAGCCGUACUAAAGAGAUCAUCUUCAUCCCCGACCUAUAAGAUCCAUGUGUCAAGCACAUGGAGGAGGUUGAUUUAUUUCCAUAGCUAGCCUUGAAGGGUAGUAUUUCCAGACGCAGUACCUGGACAGCGUGGGUUUAGAGAAAAUGUCUUCACCAAAAUUUCGUUAUCGUCCUUCAAUAUCGAAAGACUUAUUUUAAUAAAUAUACAAAACUUUUGAUUGACUACCACUUGGGUUAAAAAAUGUUCUUUUAAAAGUUUUUAACAAAAAUAUCAAAAUUGACGUAUUUUUUUAGCCAGUUCAUUAAGGACUACACAAUAAACAUUAAAAUUAAUGGGAAAAAAAUUAAAAGGGCGGUCAAUGGAUUUGUUGACGAAUGAGAUGGAAGAUGAAAGGGCUGUGUACAAUGUGGAAGUAAUAAGUGCAACGUCAACGUUUGUACUAGCUUCAGAAUUAAUUGCAUGUUAAACAUGUCACUAUAUAGAUGUAUCGAGGAUAGCAUAUACAAGGAAUACCUAUUGUCAAUGGUAUGAACAUUUUCACACUCAAAAAGUAAUAAUUAAGUUGUUUGUUUUGAACAUUUAACACAUAACAAAAGUUCAGAAUAAUUAUAUACAUAUCCGUAUAUAAUUCCUAUAAGCCAGUACACUUGAAGUUUAUAUUAUUUAUGUGAAUUGUUAAAUGGAAAGCAAAGUAAAUUUUUUUUCUAAUAUUUUCUUUAAUUUACUGAAGACACGUUAUGAUUAUAUAUUGGUUACAAAUGGAUUUUAACUGAAAAGUUGAACGAAUCAUUGUACCAAAAUAAUAAAUAUUAAGAAUUUUCUCAAUUUUAUAACGAAAAAAAAUAAUAAUAAUAAUAAUGAAGAAAUCACUCAGAUAAUUGUUAUGAAGGAACGAACUAUUCUUGAAACGAGUAUGCAUGCACGGAAUCGAGGAAAUUCAUUGUUAUGCGCUCCGCAGAAAAUUAUUCUUUAUCAAUUGAUGUCAAGUCUAAAGAAUGUGCCUACUUUUUGUCGAUAACUGACAUUGCAAUUUUUUCAUAAGUAAAUAGGGCUUAAAAGUUAGAAAAAUGAAAUGCAUCUAAUUGUUUUUGUCCGUCGAUUUAUGUCUGUAAUCGAAUCAACCAUCUUUCCGGUGUAUAUUUCGAAAAGAGAAAAAAAAAAUUUGAUAGAUUGUAGAGGUGGAAUGUUUGAGAAAAAAAGAAAAAUGUAAAAUUUCUGUAUUUUACAAACAAGUGUACUUGUAUAUUUAUAUACUCAAUAAAAUAAUUCUGAAUACACGUA